AUGGUUAACAUUGUAUAUAUAGAAGCAUAUCCAAACAAGCAACAAAAUCAAAACGUUAAGGAAGUAAGAAUACCAUUGGAAUCUCUAAUAACGUAUUGUGUAUAUAAAUAUUGCUCACCAGAAUCUGUAAGUUUGAAACUAAUUUCGUCAAAUAAUGUUGACGAAGAAACAUCUAUCGUGUAUAUAAGUGAUGAGAACUUAGAUUUUUUAAAUAUUCAAGAUAUCCCGUGGCAGGUGGCCUCAUGUAUAUAUCCAGUAGUUAUGUACGAUGAUAUGAUUAUAACAGGUCUUUGUGCUGUUGCUAGACAUAUUUCAAAAUUUAUGAAUACACCGCCAAGUGUACAUGUACAUGAAGAAGGAUUACUUGGUUUUCGUAAAAGCUGUCUCCAAGCACCAAACGAAGUAUCUAUAUGGACAAAAUUUUGUGAAGUAGAUAUUAUUAAAACAGUGAAAGCAAUUCUACAAACAACCAUUUUGAAAGAAGUCCCUGAGAAUUUAGUGCGGUUUGAAAAUCACUUGAAAAAGCCAGUAAGAGUUCAUAAUGUUUUUAAAGUGGCAAGAGAACUGAAGAAAGAAAAUAAAAAUUGUAAAAAUACUGUUAUAAGUGAGGACACUAAAAAUUUAAAUCCAAAAUCUGCCCCUGUUUCUGAUAAGACCAGAGUUCCAAAGACAAGAAAGUGGAAAUCAAACAAAAAUAAGGAACUUGAAAUAGAUUGUUCGAUUAAAAUUGAAGAUCUUGAUAUCAGUCACCAGUUUGCAGAAGGUCCGUUUUUAACUCUGGCAGACAUAGUGCUGUUGCCGUCAUUUCACAUAGUAUUUCAAUCGUUUGGUGAAUCUGAAUGUGAACCGUUACUACCUUUUACUUACAAAUGGUAUAAAAAUAUCAUGUCAAUACAUGAAAUAGAAAUAUUAAUAUCUUCUAUAUGUAAAUUUAGCUUUAAAUCAUUGACUUUGAAUAAUGUAACAAUCCCUACGACUGAAGAUGUAAGCCUGUAUAAGUGUGACCCAAAAAGACAUAACCCGAAAAAGAGACUGUUUACAAAAGAGGUUGAUAUUGAGAAUGCUUUAAGGUCUAUAACAGAAGAUAUGGAGCUUGUGAUCUGUAGUAAUGAGUAUGAUUUUGGCUUUAACUGGAGUGAUAUUCCUGAUGGUGCUAACCCAAAUGCAGGUCAUUUGCCAGAUGAAAGAGUAAUUCGAAAAUCUCAGCAGUUAGAAAAUUUAGCUUUAUCUGUUUUGCGCUUAGCUAAAGAGGGUGACUUGAUUCUUGAUUUCUGCUGUGGAAGUGGUCAUCUAGGCAUUUUACUAGCUCAUAUGUUGCCCAAUUGCACUGUAAUAUUACUAGAGAACAAAGAACAAUCCUUAUUAAGAGCUAGGUUGAGGGUACAUGAAAUGGGUUUAAAAAAUGUAUACUUCUUUCAAUGCAAUUUGGAUUUCUUCAUAGGAAAAUUUGAUAUAGGCAUUGGCUUACAUGCUUGUGGAAUAGCCACUGAUCUUGUUUUAGACAAAUGUUUGAAGGCCAAUGCUAAGUUUGUACUGUGUCCAUGUUGUUAUGGGUCUUUACAUGCUACUGACAGGUUGGUGUACCCAAGAAGUACCAAAUUCAGUAGUUUACCAGUAGACCAAUAUUUGUGUAUUGGACAUGCAGCUGAUCAAACUCAUGAGGAGCAUCCUUUAGCUGUUAGAGGUGCGAGAUGUAUGGGCAUCAUAGACUCUGAUAGAGGACGAUUGGCUGAAGAAUUUGGCUACAAAGUGACCUUAUCUAGGCUAAAACCGUUGUCUUGUACACCUAAGAAUAAUUUAUUGAUAGGAAUGCCGUCAUGA